AUGGCUGAUUCUGCCGAUCUCCCUGACCGCAAACCCCGCAAGUCGGUCCAAUUUUCCGAAGGUGCUACGAUUGUCGACAGCAACGGCGACGUUACCGAAUCACUAGAGAUGAACGGCGACAAGGACUCCGCUGAGGGCCACGCUGCGAGUGCUGGCGACGACAAAGAGGUCGAGGAGGUCACCGACAUGUUCGCUGAUCUCGCAAAGAAGAAGAAGAAGAAGUCCUCCAAGAAGAAGGAAGGCGAGGAAGAGGAUGGCGCAGAGGGCGACUUCGCCGCGCUGAAGAAGAAGAAGAAGUCCAGCAAGAAGAAGGUCGAGGACGACUUCGAGGCCAAGCUCGCUGCCGCCGGCGGCGACAAGCCCGAAGGCGAGGAGGAGGUCGCUGCUCCUGAACCCGAAGUACAAGAAGGCGACAUGAUGAAGGGCACCGGCAUCUGGGAACACAACUCGACGACCCCCAUCUCGUACAACCUCCUCCUGAACCGCUUCUUCACGCUCCUCCACGCACAACAUCCCGACCUCGCCAGCUCGGGCACAAAGAGCUACAAGAUCCCGCCCCCACAGUGCAUGCGCGAAGGAAACAAGAAGACCGUCUUUGCCAACCUUGCCGAGAUUUGCAAGCGUAUGAAGCGUUCCGACGAGCACGUUGCUCAGUUCCUGUUCGCUGAAUUGGGUACGAGCGGUUCAUUCGCCGAUCAGAAGCGCCUGGUCAUCAAGGGUCGUUUCCAGCAGAAGCAACUCGAGAACGUCCUCCGACGAUACAUUGUCGAAUACGUUACCUGCAAGACCUGCCGUUCGCCCGACACCGACCUCUCCAAGGGUGAGAACCGUCUCAACUUCGUCACCUGCAACAGCUGCGGAUCGAGACGUUCGGUACAGGCCAUCAAGACUGGUUUCUCAGCCCAGAUCGGAAAGAGGCGGAGAAUGGUGGGUUAG